AUGGAUAGGAUUUCACUUCAGUUCUGCAUAUUAUUUAGUGAUACAAACUCAAGUAAUUCAUCAAUCCAUUCUGCUUCCAAUCAAUCAUUGGGUUUUUCUGUCAAGUGUUCCAAUUCAAUCGUGCAAAGCAGUAAUGAUGUUUUUGCUCCAGAACAUAACUCAUUGGCCUCUUUGAAUAGUAACAUUAAUGAACCAUUUAGCCAUCCAAAUACAAUUCAAAAUACUUUACCAACUUUAGUGGCUUAUUCUGAUCUUAGUGAAUCGGAAACCACUGAUACAGAAAGUAAUUUACGAAGAGGUUCACGUCAUCGUAUUCCAAAUACAAAAUAUGCUAAUGACUAUAUUUCUCCAACGAUUAGUCCAAAUCUAUUAUCCAAAGCACUUUCACCAAAGCGAUAUCUUUCAUCGUCUACUGAUAAUCUUUCUGAUAAUGCACUUGAAAAGAAAUGUCAUCGUCAACGCAAGAAACCAAAACGAACACGGCCAAACUCAUCUAAUAAGCAGCAAUCAAAAGUAACAAAUCUAAUACAUACUACGACACUUGGUAGUCUUAAUCUCGUAUGGCCCCGAUUUGGUUUUAAAAACUGUGUCUAUGCUGGUGAAUCAUUCUCUGUCACAAGAACAUGUCCUAUUGAUACUGGUCUGUUCGCUUUGUAUCAUGCCUAUAACGCUGGCACCGAUAAAUUUCGUGACCUCUUCGAAAACAACACUCUUGAUGCCUUUGUUGCUCUCCGUGAAACAUUUCAAUGUGUCGAAAACAAAGGUCGGGACGUUGCUCGGCUACAUUGGCUUGUGCGACAUAAACUGCUCACUAACAUGAAUUUUGACAAUGAAUACGAUUUGGAAAAUACAUUAACAAAAAUUGUUUUUGACUUUGUGAGACCAAUGCAAGAAUUCGAUAUCCGUUCAGCAUGUAGAUGUACUGUAUGUCCUAAACGUAAAAGAAAAAAUUCAAGUUUUGAUAUAACAUUACGGUAA